AUGGAUGAAAAAUUACCGGAACAUGUUGAUGUGAUUGUUUUGGGAACCGGUUUACCGGAAGCGAUUUUGGCAUCAGCUUGCUCGAGAAGUGGACUUAGUGUACUUCAUUUGGACAGGUAUUUUUGUCUUGAGAAAAUCAUUGCUCAAGUUGGUUUUUCAUUUUCAGAAACGAAUAUUAUGGCGCUGAAUGGUCUUCUUUCAAUUUGACGAGUAUUAAAGAGUUUCUGCAGGAAGAUCAGAAUCUACCAACAACUUCUCAAGAUUUGCUCGAAAAAUUGAAAACUUCUCCUGAAGAAAAUAUUGUGCUAUUGGGAAAUCGUGAAAUAAUUGGAGAGAAAAAAGCGGAAUGGAUUCGGGAAGAAUUCGAGGAACAACUCAAAGAUCGAUAUCGACGAUUUUCGAUUGAUGUUUUGCCCAAAGUUUUGUUGUCUAGGGGAGCUAUGGUGAGUACAGAUCAAAUCGAAAAAAUAGAUCAAAUUUUUGAAACGUAUUUUUUUGUUGAUUUUUUUCUCAGCAGUGAUAUUGAUAUUGAACGAAUGAACAUAAAUUAAAAAAUGUUGGAAAUUUCAUAAAUUUUUGAAACAGUGAAUUUUUUUCUCAAAAUUUUUCACUGUUUCAAAAUUGGAAGAAAUUCUCAAAGUUUUUGAAUUUCUCUAAUUUGCUUUACAAAUUUUUUGAAACAGUGAACAAUUUCUUUAUUAGAAAAAUGUUUUUUGCUCAAAAAUUAUUCACUGUUUUAAUAUUUCAAACAAUUCUCAACAUUUUUGAAUUUCUCUAGUUUGAUUCAAAAAAUUUUUGAAACAUGGAAAAAUUUUUUAUACAAAAAUAAGUUUUUUUGCUCAAAAAUUUUCCACUGUUUCAAAAUUUCAAGAAAUUCUCGAUUCUGAAUUUCUUCAAUUCAUCAACUGAUAAUAUUAGGAACUCCCAAUUCGAGGAUUCAUCAAAGUAAUUCAAAAGUGUGGAAAAUUUCAUAAAUUUUUGAAACAGUGAACAAUUUUUUUGCUCAAAAAUUUUCCACUGUUUCAAAAUUUCAAGAAAUUCUCAAUAUUUUUGAAUUUCUUCAAUUCGCAAAGAAUGUUCGUGACAAAGUUCGUGAAAUUCAUAGCUCAGUUUUUUUUAACUUAUAUUAUUAGUGCUUUUAUGAAAUUUCCAACAUUUUUGAAUUUAUGUUCAUUCGUUCAAUAUCAAUAUCACCGCUGAGAAAAAAAUCAACAAAACAAUUCUAUUUUGUUCCAGGUUCAAACCCUUUGCGAUUCCCAAGUCUCCCAAUACGCCGAAUUCAAACUCGUCGAUCGACAAUUGUGUCCGGUUCUCAAUGAGGGAAAAAUUGAGUUGAAUCAAGUGCCUUGUAGUAAAGGGGAGAUUUUCACAAGCCCGGUUUUAACGUAAGUUUUUUUUUACUUAUGAAUUUUUAUUAUCAUUAAAAAUAUUUGUUCAGAAUGAUGGAGAAACGUGGAUUGAUGAAAUUCAUCACGUUUUGCACACAAUGGAAAUUGAAGCAAGGAGAGGAAACGAAAAAUGAACAAGGAAAAGAGAUUCUUGGAGAAUAUGCUGAAAAAUCUUUCGAUGAAUUUUUGAAAUCAAUGGGAAUUGAUGAGACUCUGAGGAAUUUUAUAAUUAAUACGAUUGGAAUUCUGGAGACCAAUCCGAAUACUUUCGAGGUGAGGUUUUCCAGUGAAAAUUUGAUAUGAAAUUUACUUUUAAAAAAUACCGGAAUCCUAUUUUUGACAAUUUCAAAACAAAGUUUUCUGUGAAAAAUUCACUCUAAAAUUUUUAUCCGAAUAAAGUUAAUGACCCCAAAAAUUAGGGUUUUUAAUUGAACGGAAAGAUUUGAAUUAAGAUAAAUUAGUUUUAGUUUUUAAAAACUAUAGUUUAAAAGUCACGUAGAAAAUUCAAUUAAAAAUGAAAAACCUUGUGAAUAAAUCAUUUUUGAACUCACAGAAAAUGCUCCUUGAGCCCCCCAAAAAGCCCAGAUUUUGUUGCAGGGUAUGAAAGCCUGCUGUGAUUUCAUGGAUUCGGUCGGACACUUCGGACCAUCACCAUUCCUCUUCCCGCUUUAUGGUUGCGGUGAAUUGUCGCAAUGUUUUUGUCGACUUGCGGCGGUUUUUGGAAGCUUGUAUUGUCUUGGUAGACCUGUUCAAGCAUUGGUUUAUGAUAAACAAAAUAGGUUGGUUUUAGCUCCCUUACAUCUGGAUUAUUGCUCUAAAAAUAAUUUAUGAAUGUACUUUUAAUUCUAAAAAUUCCCACGAUUUUAUUUUCACCUGCAAUCCUGCUUUACAAUUUAUGUAUAAAGCGUGGGAAAUUUCCCACUAAUUGCACUUUUUCCAGAGUUUGCGCUGUAAUUGCUGAUAAUCAACGAAUUAAUUGUGAUCGCAUAAUUAUGUCAGCAAAAUAUGUUCCGGAAAUCUAUAAACCCGGAAAAUCUGAAAAUAUUGAAAGAAUUUGUUAUAUUACCGAUAAAAGUAUAUUGAAAGGAGAGAAAGAACAUGUAGGUUUUUUGAAUUUUUGAUUUCCCCCGAAAAAUUUUUUGUUUUUUUUUGUAGAUCUCACUUAUAAAUAUUGCAUCACUUCGAGCGAAUUCGCAAAUUUCGCGAAUUAUUGAGGCGGGUUUUGAAGUUUUUACUGCGCCUAAAGGAUUUUGUGAGUUUUUUUUUGAAUAUGGAAAUUUGAAUUUGAAAAAUUUCAGAUCUUGUGCAUGCCACUGGAAGUUCAGAAGAUUCAACUUCGAAUUUGGAAGAUUUGCUCCUGAAAAUUUUCGAGCAAAAUGAAAUUGAACCCAUUUGGCGGCUGAAAUUCGAUAUAAAAUCGUUGAGUUUUGACGAAAAGAAUAUUGAGUUUCCCGAAAAUUUGACGAUUUCUCCGAAUUGCGAUGCUUUUAUACAUUAUUCGAAGGUUAUUGAUCAGUGUCGAGAGAUAUUUUGCGGAAUUUGGCCGGAUCGAGAUUUUCUACCAAGAAGUAUUAAGAAAGAAGAGGAAGAAGCUGAAGAAGAAGCUGAAGAUGAAACUGAAAAUAUUGAAUAA